UCCAUCCCCCGCAUCCCGGCGCCGGCUCCUCCCUCCGCCGCGGGGGCCGCGUCCCGCUGCUGAGCGGGGAUUGAUGCGGAGAGCGACGGCAGCGCCAUGCAGCCCCCGCCGAGGAAGGUAAAAGUUACACAAGAGCUAAAAAAUAUUCAAAUUGAGCAGAUGACAAAACUUCAGGCCAAGCAUCAGGGAGAAUGUGAUCUACUUGAAGAUAUGAGGACAUUCAGUCAGAAGAAAGCUGCAAUUGAGAGAGAAUAUGCACAGGGCAUUCAGAAGUUGGCUAGUCAAUACUUAAAGAAGGAUUGGCCUGGAAUAAAAACAGAUGAGCGAAGUGAUUAUAGGAGCAUGUAUCCAGUUUGGAAAUCAUUUCUAGAAGGCACAAUGCAGGUGGCCCAAUCGCGGCUCAAUAUCUGUGAAAACUACAAAAACCUCAUUUCUGAACCUGCCAGGACAGUCAGGUGCUUUAAGGAACAACAGUUAAAAAAGUGUGUAGACCAGUUGACAAAGAUCCAGGCUGAAUUACAAGAGACAGUAAAAGAUUUAGCUAAGAGCAAGAAGAAGUACUUUGAGACUGAACAGAUGGCUCAUGCAGUGCGGGAAAAAGCCGAUAUUGAGGCCAAGUCCAAGCUUAGUCUCUUUCAGUCAAGGAUAAGCUUACAGAAGGCAAGUGUAAAGUUAAAAGCACGACGGUCCGAGUGUAAUUCAAAGGCUACCCAUGCAAGGAAUGACUACCUUCUCACUUUAGCAGCUGCUAAUGCACACCAGGAUCGCUACUAUCAGACAGACUUGGUGAACAUUAUGAAGGCUCUUGAUGGGAAUGUAUAUGAUCACCUUAAGGAUUAUUUAAUGGCAUUCAGCAGGACUGAGCUAGAGACAUGCCAAGCUGUACAGAAUACAUUCCAAUUUUUAUUGGAAACUUCCAGCAGGGUGGUGCGGGAUUACAAUCUUCAACUGUUUUUACAGGAGAGCUCUGUAUUUCACAGACCACAACCCUUCCAGUUCCAGCCUAGCGACAGCGACACCAGUCGACAACUGGAAUCUGAAACCGGGACAACGGAGGAGCACAGCCUAAACAAGGAAGCCCGGAAAUGGGCCACCCGUGUGGCACGUGAGCACAAAAACAUCAUCCAUAAUCAACGGGCACUUGAGGAGUUAGAAUGCCAUGGCCCUGUGGUGUCUGAACAAAGCCGAGCAGAACUGGAUCAGAAAAUAGAUGAAGCCAGAGAGAGUAUCCGCAAAGCUGAGAUAAUAAAACUCAAAGCAGAGGCUCGUCUUGAUCUGCUAAAGCAGAUAGGGGUGUCUGUUGAUACGUGGUUGAAGAGUGCAAUGAAUCAAGUGAUGGAAGAACUGGAAAAUGAACGCUGGGCAAGCCUUCCUGCAGUGAACAAUAAUGGCUCUUCACAACUGCUUAAUGCUGAUGCAGAAAGGGAGGAAGGGGAAGAAUUUGAAGACAGCAUGGAUGUUUUUGAUGAUAGUAGUUCCAGUCCUUCUGGAACUCUACGAAAUUAUCCACUGACCUGCAAAGUCGUUUAUUCAUAUAAGGCUUCUCAGCCAGAUGAACUGACCAUUGAGGAACAUGAGGUAUUGGAAGUGAUUGAAGAUGGAGACAUGGAAGACUGGGUAAAGGCGCGAAAUAAAGCAGGCCAAGUGGGUUAUGUGCCAGAGAAGUAUCUGCAGUUCCCAACCUCCAACAGUCUGUUGAGUAUGCUGCAAUCGCUUGCGGCGUUGGAUAGUCGGUCACACACCUCAAAUAAUUCAGCUGAAGCUGAGCUAGUCUCAGGAAGCCUAAAUGGAGACUCCAGCGUCUGUUUUGUAAAAGCACUUUAUGAUUAUGAGAGCCAGACAGAUGACGAGCUGUCCUUCCCAGAAGGAGCAAUCAUCCGUAUCUUGAACAAGGAGAACCAGGAUGAUGAUGGCUUCUGGGAGGGGGAAUUCAAUGGUCGUGUUGGGGUUUUCCCAUCUGUGUUAGUGGAAGAACUUACAGCCUCAGAAAAUGGAGAGACUCAGUGGACUGGAGAUAUUCAGAUAUCCCCAAAGCCUCACAAUUCCCUUCCACUCUUGCCGCUGUAUGACCAGCCACCGAUUAGUCCCUACCAUAGUCCUGAUAAGAGGGGCUCCCAGUACUUCCCCAGGUCACCAUCAACUAACGAAAAUAGUUUCGGCUCAGAUUCUCCUGGAUUCUCCCAGCCUCCACGACUUGCUCCUGAAACCUCAUACGGCAAACUGCGACCUGUACGAGCCGCUCCUCCUCCCCCUACACACCAUCGCAGGACGACGGAGAAGAUAGAAGAUGUGGAAAUUACUCUGGUAUAAUGAUUGGACUAGUGAAGUAGUAGUGCUACAAUCAAGGCCAAAUGUGGUGUUUGGUCAAUCUUGUUUUUAGGCACCUUUGCAUGAUGAAGACUUUCCAUAGAGCACGAAGUGGGGAGGAUUAUAGGUGACAGUGACAUGGUGGAUUCCUUCCCUCAGUCAUGAAUAUUUUGUGCCUUUUUUGUUUUUAUAUACAUCCUCCUUCCUCCCUUAGCACAAACCAAGAUGGGCCAAGUGGUGAGCAGAGGAAUGCGUUGGAGCGGGUUUCUCUUUUGGCUAAAGAUGGUCAGUUUUUAUAUGGAGGUCUAGGAGAGAGCCUCAUUCAUGCAACUUAGUCAUAGCAUACUUAUACCAUGUGCAUUAGUACAGUAUAUUACUGUUGCUGUAGGAAUGUGUUAAAGAUUUUCAAUUCAACUAGCAUUAUGUGUCUGAUUAAAUAGUAAUCAGAUUUUAUGGAAUAAAAAAGGGAACAAAAGAAUAGGUUUAAGAUGAGGCUGGCUCCUCUUUCAUCCCCUCAAAGAA